AAGAAAACAAAAACUAACAUUUCCAAUAAGGUUAUUGGGGAUUACCAAAAUCUCUCUAUAAAACCAACAUAAUCUUUAGUCCAGAGUCUUGUAUAGAGAGAAUUAGAAAGCAGAAAAUGGGCAAUCCUCAUAUUCUAGCAAUACCAUAUCCAGCACAAGGCCAUGUAAUUCCUCUAAUGGAGCUCUCUCAUAACUUGGUUAGCCAUGGAUUCAAAAUCACCUUUGUCAACACGGAUUUCAAUCACAAGAGAGUGAAGGAUGCAUUCGGCAACAAGGUUGAUGGAGAGGGCUCAAUUCGUCUGGUUUCGAUCCCCGACGGCAUGGAACCCGAUGAGGAUAGGAAGCAAUUAGGGAAGUUAACCUAUGGAAUCAGCAAAGUGAUGCCAUUGGAGCUGAAGAAGCUGGUGAAGAAGAUUAAUGGAUCUGAAGAUAAUAAGAUCAGUUGUGUCAUAGCUGAUGUGAACAUGGGAUGGGCACUUGACAUUGCUGCAGAGUUUGAAAUACCUGGAGUUGCUUUCUGGCCUGCUUCCGCCAUGCUUUUGGCCUUGCUUUUUAGCACCGAUAAGUUGCUCGAUGAUCAAGUCAUUGAUAAACAUGGAACUCCAAUCAAUGGAGAAAAUAUGAUUCAACUGUACCCAAACACACCUGCAAUGCACCCUAACAACUUUUUGUGGGUUUGUCUUGGUGAUUUCACCGCACAAAAGACUAUAUUCGAGUUUGCUAUGAGAAACAACAAAGCUGUUGAAAAUGUUGAGUGGCUAAUCUGCAACACAACUUUCGACCUUGAACCAGGAGCACUUAGCUUAAUCCCUGAGAUCCUACCCAUUGGUCCACUCUCAGCAACCAACCAGCUUGGACCCUUGACCGGAAGUUUUUGGCCUGAGGAUGCAACCUGUUUGAAAUGGCUCGACCAACAGCCUCCAGGCUCAGUCAUAUAUGUGGCAUUUGGUAGCUUCACGGUUUUUGACCCAAUCCAGUUCCAAGAACUGGCUCUCGGUCUGGAACUCUCAAACAGGCCAUUUCUAUGGGUUGUUAGACCAGAUACCACUGAAGGGACUCAAUCUGAUGAACUUUACCCUAUAGGGUUCAAAGCGAGACUUGCAGGCCGAGGGAAAAUGGUGGGAUGGGCACCCCAACGAGCCGUUCUAGCUCAUCCAUCCAUUGCUUGCUUCAUCAGCCACUGUGGUUGGAACUCCACUGUUGAAGGUCUCAGCAAUGGGAUCCCUUUCCUUUGCUGGCCCUACUUUGCUGAUCAGUUCAUUAACGAAACCUACAUUUGUGACAUUUGGAAGAUUGGAUUAAGCUUCAACAGAGAUGAAAGAGGGAUCAUUACACGAGAAGAGAUUAAGGGUAAGGUUGAGCAAUUGGUAGAUGAUGAAAGAUUCAAAGCUAAAGCACUACAACUCAAGGGAUCGGUGAUGAACAGUGUUAGCGAAAAUGGUAGCUCUAACAGGAUUUUCAACAAUUUCAUUGAAUGGAUGAAAUCAUAGACAUGUUUUCACUUCACUUUAUGCACUAUUUUCCUUGUUUUUAAUUGUCCUUUUUCUAUGAACAAAUGUAAGAAUCAAUCAAGGAACUAAUGUAUGUACUAUCGAAAAGAA